AAUUUCUUGCGACUCGAGAAAGGAUCCGAACCGUUAAUCACCAGUAUUGAAUCUAUAGCUAGGGUUUUAGGGUUCUUCGUUGAGAUACAGUGUUUGAUUUUGUUUCCGUUGCAGCACUUUGGCGAAAACAUUGAAAAUGGACAAGAGCAUGCUUGGAGAUCUCGAUUCUCUUCCCGAGGAAGAUAAGCUCCGUAUGUCCGCCAUGAUCGACCAGCUUCAAGUCCGCGACAGUUUAAGGAUGUACAAUUCAUUGGUGGAGAGAUGUUUCACCGACUGUGUGGAAAGUUUCCGGCGCAAAACCCUAGACAAGCAAGAGGAGACUUGUGUCCGUCGAUGUGCUGAGAAGUUUCUGAAGCAUUCGAUGCGUGUUGGCAUGAGAUUUGCAGAGCUCAACCAAGGUGCCCCAACCCCAGAUUAAGUCGUUUUUUUUCCACCUAUAUGAAGCAAUCUUCGGUCAAUGUGAUUCCAUUCCUCAGAAGUUCGAUUUUUUAUUCGGAUUUUAGGAGAAACUGAAAAAUAAGAUGAAAGAUGCUCCUCUUCUUGUUAAAUCAGAUAUUUACUUUUCCUAGACGAAAAAUGCAUUUAUUUUAUUUCUUAUCGAGAUUGAAGGUGCAGUUGGAGGUUUGUUAAAAGACAACAACAUUGUGCUGAUCAAAUUUGUCUUCACAGCUACAUAUUUUUGUUUCUCA